AUGGGAGCUCAAAUUCAAUUCCGAAUAAAUUUCCUGACAGAUACGGUAGAUAGGAUCCGCCUCGAUACGGACGUUUUUAUCUGGUCUCAUCACACCACAUCAUCCGCGUUCAUCAUUAGAAUGACUACACGACGCCGAUAUGGCACUUAUGGAAGAGCCGUCACAUUGCCGGCGCCCGUACUUAGUCCUACCGGUGACUGGCCACGGCCGACGGAAUUACCAUGGAGAGCUCAUGUGCAACCGCCAUCAACAGCAGUUCAACCGCCUGUAAUACUUCCUAUUGAGUCACCGAGCAGACGUAUAGAGGCACGGUUGAGGCAAAGAAUGAUCAACGAGAGACUUCGAGCUGUGCAUGUUCCAAUCGCUGGCGAUGAUGGAAAAGCAUCAAUUCAAGAGCUCAUGGAUCGAUAUUUGAAUAAAUCCAGAGAGUCGAUCACACGACAGAGCACCCCACCUUCACCGACGACGAAAAAAGAAAUUGAAUCCGAAGAGAUUCGAAAGUUGCUCAAUAGGUACACUUCUCCAGGCGCUGGAAGUCAUCACGAGCCAGAAUUAUUGCCUGAUUCAACGACUCUUGAAGCGGAACCUGAUGAAGAGGCAACAAAGGAAAACUUGGAACAACUUCCACCGCUUCCGAUGACAGACAAUGAAACUGAUGGACGUAUUCGGUGGCGUACUGAUAUCAAACAAAAGAAUUCCGAAUCAAGCAAGAAACCGAUGAAUGUGUACUCCACCAACACUACUCGCAUGCCGGUUGGCGGUGGGUCGUCUUCCCGCUCGGGGCGCUUGGCGCGGAUUAGCCAGAGUAAUAUACGGCCGUUCGGCUCGGGUGGUGUUGGUGGCGGAUAUGGUCCCGGUGGUCAUCCUCUCUCGGGACCAGAUCCAUCGAGUCCGACGAAGAAAGAGGUCAAGCAUCGAUUUGAGAUCACCAAGAAAUUAGGCUCUGGCACGUAUGGAAAGGUCUCGUUGGCGUUCGAUCACAAAUUUGAACGUGAGGUAGCCGUGAAGUUGAUUAAGAAGAGUGCAAUUGAGAACAAGGCUGACCUGAUUCGGAUACGACGUGAAAUUCGGAUAAUGUCGGCUUUACAUCAUCCGAACAUCAUUCAAAUAUAUGAAGUGUUUGAAAAUCGUGAGAAAAUCAUCCUCGUCAUGGAAUACGCUUGCGGUGGUGAGCUCUACGACUAUGUGUCGCAUUUUGGAUCGUUGCCAGAGAGCGAGGCACGACGUAUAUUUAGGCAAAUCACUUCAGCUGUACUAUAUUGCCAUAAGCAUCAAGUGGCGCAUCGUGAUCUCAAGCUCGAGAACAUCCUGCUCGACCAGGACAAUAACGCUAAAAUCGCUGAUUUUGGAUUGUCCAACUAUUUUGGGAAUAAGACACUUUUAACCACGUUCUGCGGCAGUCCCUUAUACGCAUCCCCGGAGAUCAUCAAUGGGACCCCAUAUCGAGGCCCAGAGGUGGACUGCUGGUCUCUGGGAAUUCUUUUGUACACACUUGUUUACGGUUCUAUGCCUUUCGAUGGUCGAGAUUUUAAUCGAAUGGUCAGACAGAUAAAGCGUGGAGCAUACUAUGAACCAGACACACCGUCAACAGCUUCCAUGCUCAUUCGUAACAUGCUUCGAGUGAAUCCAGAACGUCGCGCUGAUAUCUUUGAUAUUGCAAGUCAUUGGUGGUUGAACCUCGAGGAAAACAUGCCUGUGAUCCAAGAGUUACCAGAAAAUCAGAUCACCGAUCACACACCACUGACGGAGAGAGCGGAGACGAUGAUCGUGCAGGACCUUGCCGAUGAGACCGACGUGUUCAUGGAAUUCGGUCACCUAAGCAACGAAACUCGCAAAAAGAUCGAAGAGUUUCGAAGACGACGGAAACAAGCCGAAGAAUAUAAUGAGAAUUCACCGGUUAAGCCGCCGAAGGUUCGGAAAGACGGUGAACCUGAGGUUGAGAUGAGGAGUGAAGAGAAGAGCCUACGCGGCGUAAAGGAAGAUGCUAAGAAACAAAAGGAAAAGGAAAUUAAUGACCCAUUGGAACGACUACGCCAAAUCGAAAACCGAUUGGGUCAACAAAGAACGAAGCAACAGCUCGGGAAUGUCCCGAAAACGGCUGCUCCCGAUAAAGAAGUCCCAGGAUCGUAUAAACCACUCGUGAACGAAGACCAUACACCCGCAAAGCCGACUACUAAACCAGAACCACAACGGGAAUCAUCUCCUGAACAGCCGGAGGAUCCGAAAUCGGCUCGGAAUGAACCUCCUCCACGAGCUGACAAAUCAUCUCGUGCUCCCUCAUUUGUCCCCGUGAGUGAACCUGAACCCACCACACCACCUCCAAAGCGCUAUAGCAACAUACUGCGUACUCCAAUGUCCGCCGCUGCGUAUCGCCUCGAGGUGGACUCCUUGAACAUGCUGAUGAAUCAGGUACUAGAGCAGAUGGAAAAAGGGCCAGUAAGCCUCAACCUCGUAGCCAGAGUCAAGGCUCAUCCAAUGUAUGACUCAAGGCCAAUGGUAAAAGAACUACUGGAGAGCAUUAUGGCUGCCCAACCGGAAAAGAUCCAGCGAGAAACCAGUAAACUUGUCCAGCAACAAAGCCAGGAUGUUGCUCGAAAACAACAAAAAGGUGGUCUCGACGCUACGAAAGGUACGGCAACUGUCACUGCUACAAAACGAGCGGAAAAGUUGGCACGCGCCGUCCUUGCAGAACGUCCCUGGGUCAGUGUUGAGGUUGGGUUUGAUCCAGAGGAAGAGUCUGAGGUGGAAUUGGGUCAUCAACAAUCCAUUGCAAGCAACGCUACCGAAGUCACAGUUCAGUCCACCUCGUUUGAGGAUAGCGAUGAUCAACACGAGAACGUGAAGAAAAUAUCCACAUCAAACGAUAUGCAAAUGGAUCGUCAAACGCAGACCGUUAAGGAAGAAGAAGAAGCGGAAACGGACGAGGAUGAGGAGUACACCGAUAGUGAAAUGGAGGAACUAGCAGAUGAGGUGGAACAGGUUGAGCAGAAGAUCGUUGUCGAGACUUCGGACACACUUCCACCACCGGAUCCUGUGGUUGCACAACCACAAUUCCUCGACGCAUUCGAUCGUGGUUUGGCGAAACGACAGAGCAAAGGGAAAUACCAGCACAGUCGCGUUGACAUGUAUGGCCGUGGUGUAUCAACGGAGUGCGAAUCGCCUACGCUGCCGCGAAAGCCCCUCGGGGGACCACAACCUACGCAAGAACAAUCACCUUUUCUCUUCGACAAAGCGAAGAAAAUCAUCAUGCAAUAUCCUGGUCGUCCGGAUCUUUCCGAAAUUGAAGAUGGGUUGAUUAAGAAGAAAAAAGAUUGGUUGAAAACGCAAGAUCCAGACCAACAAGGUGGAAGCGACGCUAGUGUCACGCCCACUCCCAGUUGUGUUGGAUCAGUUCCACCUAGAACUCCCCCACCGAUGGAUCAUGAACAUGAGACUCGUAGUGAAGAAGCGGCAAGUGAUGAAUCCGACGAAGAGGAGGAAUCAGAAGAAGAAUCGGACACUGAAAUUCAAAGCCGCCAUCAUCGUGGCCCAAUUAUCGGCGAAGUGAGGAGAGACGGAGAUAAAAUUGAAGUGAAAGCGACGGAUCUGGUGGCACGGAAGCUCUCGUACAUGCAAAGCGCUCCGGCUAGCAUUCAUACCUCACCAUCACCAGAACCAAGGACUCCCACAUCGGCGACACGGUAUUACACUGCCAUAGCCGAACUCAAGCUACAGGCGCCACCAGAGCCGAAACCGUACAAAAGGAUGAGCGGAAGCAGUCUGGUCACUACUCAGGCAACAAUUGAACCAAAGGCAACUGUGGAAGAGCCUGAAAAACCGAAACCAAAGGAAUUGAAACCAGCCGAAGAAUCACGACUCUCCUACACAAACCCACUGUUUCGUCCGAGCAAUGCCUACAGUGCAUGGCUCACGCCAUUCACGACUACUGGUGGCAAAGAGAGCUGGGAAACCGCGGCCGCCUUCAUUCGACGAAAGAAUCGGGACCGUCGAAAUCGGAAUCGGACCAUUGGAGCACCUGAAGAAUUGCUACGGGAUCUGGACAAAGCAACAGAAAGCGUCUACGAUGAACUACCAAUGUCUGCCGGUCUUCAUGCUCCGUACACACCGACGGGAGUGGACAGUUUCUAUGCGCAUCACGCAGCUCUACCCGGCUCUUCUGUUUUGAACUACGUUCGCCCACGCUACAACGACGAAAGCUACAGACGACACGACGAGAGACCUUUGUCUCCCAAUCGUCCGAAUACAAACGCUGCGUUACUUCGCGAAGAAUUUCGCUCUGCUUACGAUCCUUCUCAGGAUUACAACAGAACCAGCAGUUAUGGUACUGGAGAUGUACGCAACUAUUAUUCAUCCAAUGCUAGUUCGAGUUAUUCGAAGAAACUUGAUGAGAAUCAGUCAUGGGCAUCCGAACCGCGACGUUUCGAGGUGUACAAAACGAGGGCGGAGAGGGACGCCGAGAGGAACACCUAUACGCCGAGUGGUGCACCAUCGUAUCGGCCAUCGUCGUACUAUUCCUCGGCCAGUGAUCGUCCGUUGACCAAUUUUGCUGUCAGAAAACCAGAAGAUUCGUACAAACCAGACGCGUAUCGAGGUGCAGAGAGUGCAUAUAGAAGAUACGAUGAUAGUUAUGGCUACAAAAGGAUCCCGUACGAAUUUGAAAAAGGAGCUACACCUGCAUCUGAUACCUACGCUCCGUCAGCAGCAUCGCAUGUAACGGAUCCAAAUCCUAUAGUUAUGAAUAGGUUCCGUCCAACAGCACGUCGUACGGAGGAUCGACCUUCGUAUAUUCGUACUCGUUCUAUGGAUCGCAAACAUCCGAUGGGGGAUGAGUUCGACUAUACGGAACCGAUACCGGAUUACACUUACGUCAAUUACCAUGACACAUCCAAUGGAAGAGCAACAAGUGUGUCGAAAGAUGAUAAGGGACAACCGAGAAGUAUUCUGAAGAACAAACAGAGUGUUGAUAUGGAACAGCGUGGGAUACCGGACGAAUCCAAUAGUACGAUCGCUCGAAACGAACAGGGCAACGUCGGGCCGGUGCGCUCGGUAAUUGAUCGUUUGCGAAGACACUUAUCUCUUGAAAAGAGCGCAUCUCCUCAGAGACAGACGGGUCCUCAACAAACGAUGAUGGGUAGCAGCGGUAGCUCAAGGCUCACCACAAAUUCGAGAGAUUCUCACGAUCGAGCUGUUGAAGAUAAUCCGAAAAAGAAACGGUCCUUGUUGUCUUUCAAUCGAAGGCGAACUAGUGAACUACGUAUGGGUUCUGAUGGGAAACUAGUAACAAAUGGGUAUGACGAUGUUGCCAAUUACAAACGACCAAGCUCACCUAUUGAUAAGAUCAAAUCUUUAUUCCGUAGAAAUGAUACUUCGCAUGUGACCUCUCAACUAGCAGGCAGCGACUAUUAUCCAGGACGCUAUACAUCAACCAGUACAAACGACAAAGUGUAUGGCGCUUAUCCGUCCACGAAUGUGGCUGCUGCACGUGAAGCGUAUGUUCCACAGUACCGAAAGUACCCAGGUUCUACAACACGGGAUCCUGCAUCGGUUCUGAACAGAUAUAGCUACACUCCUGGACUAACCGAUCAACGACGUCACUGGAAUUCAUUGUGCUCUCAAGGAUUCACUGGUAGACGUCUUCAGGUGAUACAUUGCUUAUAUCUAACACUCUCGUUUGUAUCUAUAACUGCUCGUCUAUUCUCAAUAAUGAUACCAACUAAGGGAUCUGAUCAAGUCGUGGAGAUGUCUAAUGAAGAUGCUUCUCGUCUUCCUUCUGCUGAGCCUCACAGGAAUGAGAGCCAUUCUAGCGAAGAAGUAGUUAAGAAAAUCUGCUUCGCUAGUGGUUGUGAUGUCAACUCACAUCCGAUUUCUGGAGACGUGGCCAUCCCGGAUCAGGAAUACCUGGAUCAGCUUAUCAAGGACAAAGGUGACCUUCGCUCGAUCCAUGCCGUGCCGUUCCGUCACUUGGGCAGACUGAUCGACAGAGAGAUCGCUCGUGUCGUUGCCGCCAUGUCAGCGCAAGUGCACAUCGAUGAUGCUACAACUGAAGAGGAACGCGGUGAGAAAGUCUGUCUCACCGAAAUGAUACUCGUUCCAGUUGAUCGUUAUCCUAGGUACAAUUUCGUUGGGCGUAUUCUUGGUCCUCGUGGAAUGACAGCUAAGCAGCUGGAAGAGGACACUGGCUGCAAAAUUAUGGUUCGAGGCCGUGGCUCAAGUCGCAUGAGUGGUUCUCGUCGUGAACGCAACAAUGACACCGAACCUCUUCACGUGCUAAUUCAAUGUGAAGAUUACGAGAAGAGGGCUCAGCAGAAAAUGAGAAACGCAGUCGAGGCCAUCAAUCAGCUUCUGCACCCACCGCCUGAGGGCAAGGAUGAGCUGAAACGCAAGCAACUGAUUGAGCUCUCGAUUAUCAACGGCACCUACCGUCCAACAUCUGCUACGAAAAGUGCAAUGCGUAACUCAGAAACAUCAAGACCCUCGUCUCCUGCGCACUUUCCUUCGGCGAUAGAUAACUCGUCCUAUUCGGAACAAGCUCGUCUUCUUUCCCAAUUCGCCGAAGCAGCGAAACAAGGCAAAAAGAACGAACUAGAGGAGCAGUACGCUGCUCUCGCUCAAAUGCUCACAGCGAUCAACCCAGUGCAGCAACCAAAUAACGUGAAUUGCAACUACUACGACUACUACAAAAACCUGCUUUCGUUCACUCUUAGUGAUCCAGGAUUUCUGACCACAUUGCUGCAGUCGCUUGACCUUUACGGAAUGGGAAUCCGUUCAGGAAUCCAUCAUGCUCCGCAGCAUCAUCAUCAUAUGGUUGGACAAGCGGUUUCUCCAAAUCCGAUUCCGCACGCGAAUCUGCAUCAGUAUCUCACAGCGGCUGCAAUGCUUAACUCUGUACCUUUUCCUAACGAUGGAUCCGGCGAUUGUCCUAAGAAUAAGAUUCGCAAUUCCGCCUAG